GGGAAAAACAUGUCUGCCCUCAUGGAAGCAAUGCCGCUUUAAGCCAGUGUCGUAUCGAGCAGGGACAUAAGUGUAAAACGUCUAGAAUUCAAUUAAAUUACAGAACCAAAAAGGCUGUUUCCAAUUCAUUUCAGUCUUCCGACGCUAUGAAGACUUUUUGUGGCAGAGCCAACCCCACCACUGGUGCACUGGACUGGGUGGAGGAGAGUGAGGAAUACGACUACCACCAAGAGAUAGCGAGGUCCUGCUAUGCCGAUAUGCUGCACGACCAUGACAGGAAUGAGAAGUACUACCAGGGCAUCCGGGCAGCGGUUGGCAGGGUGAAGGCUAGAGGUGAGAGGGUGAUCGUUUUGGACAUUGGCACAGGGACGGGCCUUCUCUCCAUGAUGGCUCUCACUGCUGGGGCAGACCUGUGCUAUGCUGUGGAGGUCUUCAAGCCCAUGGCAGAGGCAGCCCAGCGCAUCGUGGAGAAGAACGGCUUCUCAGACCGGAUCAAGAUCAUCAACAAGCAUUCCACUGAGGUGACCGUGGGUCCAGAUGGAGACAUGCUGACCAGAGCCAACAUCCUAGUCACAGAGCUGUUUGACACCGAGCUGAUAGGAGAAGGGGCCCUGCCAAGUUAUGAGCAUGCCCACAUCCACCUGGUCCAGGACGGCUGUGAGGCUGUGCCCCACCGGGCCACCGUCUACGCCCAGCUGGUGGAGUCAGAGCUGCUGUGGAGCUGGGCGCAGCUGCAGCCUCUACAGGUGGGGGGCGCCAGGCUGCUGCCCCCUCCGGAGGUGGCACGCUGUGCCGGAGCGCACUCUGUCUGCGACAUCCAGCUCAGCCAGGUGGAGCCACACAGCUUCACCCCCCUGGGACCGCUCUGCACCAUGUUCACUGUGGACUUCAGUAAGCCAGUGAGCAGCGCCCCUCAGAACCACUCCUCCGGCUUCCCAGCCCAGUCCAGCGGCCGGGCCCAGGUGGUGCUGUCCUGGUGGGACAUCGACAUGGACCCCAACGGAACCAUCGUGUGCUCCAUGGCACCGAGCUGGACCUACCCAGAACCCCGCUCCGCUCCAUGGCGGGAUCACUGGAUGCAGAGCGUGUACUUCCUCCCUGCAGAGAGGACGGUGGUGCAGGGGGAGGAGCUUAGCCUCACCGUCUCCCACGACGACUACAGCCUGUGGUACAGCCUGGACUCAGCCAGCCAAUCAGGAAACAGGGUUGAGGCCCCUCCCUGUCGCCCGUGCUGCACCUGCCAGGCUCACUUGGUUUGGACACGCCCACGCUUCGGAGAGCUCAACGACAAGCACAGAACAGAGAGCUACGUCGCCGCUCUGCGCUCAGUUGUAAACGCAGACAGUGUAUGUGUAGGAGUCAGCGAUGGGAGUCUGCUCCCAGUGUUGGCUCACAUGCUGGGGCCUAAGAAGGUGUUCAGUUUGGAAAAUUCUAGAAUGUCAAAGCAGGUCAUUGAACAGGUUUUGGACGCCAACUCCCUGAGGGGAAAGGUCCAGGUUUUGGGCAUCCGAGCUGACCAGCUGUCCAGUUCUGACCUGGGAGGAGAGCAGAUUUCAGUUCUGAUGGGGGAGCCCUACUUCAGCACCAGCCUGCUACCCUGGCACUCCCUGUUCUUCUGGUACUGUCGCACCUCCCUGGCAGGCCUGCUGCGGCCCGGCGCCACCAUCCUGCCCAGCUCUGCCACCCUCUGGAUGCUCGCUGUGGAGUUCGAGGACCUGUGGAGAAUACGAGCUCCCUGCGGAACAUGCGAAGGCUUUGAUGUUGGCCCCAUGGACGACAUGGUUCAGCGCUCGAUGGAUUUCCGAGAGUCUCGUGAAGCAGAGCCUCACCCUCUGUGGGAGUACCCCUGCCGUGCCCUGACCACACCCAUGCCUGUCAUGACCUUUGACUUCACACAGUGUGUUCCCCAGCAGCCAAUCACCAGCCAAGGAUCCGUUCAACUUAAGAGGAGCGGUCGUUGCCAUGGCGUUGCCCUGUGGAUGGAAUUCCAGCUGACUGAUGACAUCACAGUCAGCAUGGGCCUGACGGGACCAGUCGGUGACCAGGGUGAAUGUCAGUGGAGUCUCCACCGCAGACAGGCUGUGUAUUUCUUUAGGACCCCCCAGGAGAGCUCAGGGGAUGGGCGCUCCUCACUGACCCCCCUGGAGAGCUCAGGGGAUGGGCGCUCCUCACUGACCCCCCUGGAGAGCUCAGGGGAUGCACGCUCUUCACUGACCCCCCUGGAGAGCUCAGGGGACGGGCGCUCCUCACUGACCCCCCUGGAGAGCUCAGGGGACGGGCGCUCCUCACUGACCUACAGCUUCACCUUCCAGCCCAGUCUAGGAGACAUCAAGAUGGACUUGGAGCUGCAGUGAUCCAGUGCAUCUGAAGAACUUACCUGAACUGUCUGAGGUUAACUCAGUCCUUCAUGCCUCCCUGUCAGUACCCCACUGAAGGAGAUCAUUCCCUUGUUCACACCAUGUUCUCUAGGCUAGCAGAAAGCAAGGCUAGGAAGCAAGUAAACAAGGAAAGGUGUUUGUGCGGGGAGGAUCUGAAGACAAGGAUAGCUGUGUACAGGAUCAAAAACUACACAAUGUUAUGACUCAAGGACAAGUCAAAUACUUCUAAAGAACGUUAGACAGUUUUUAUUUUAUUAUUGUUGACCUCUAAAUUAUCAUUCUCAUCUUGA